GUGUAUUGUGUACAUUAAAAUGUGAGUAAGUGAUUUGAUUGGUUCCUCUCUGUAUUCCCUCUCUGAGCUUGGAGCCCACCUCUCUUUCAUCAAAUUUACAUGACCUAUCGCUGUUGACAUCCAUAACGUGUUGCGCUGUGGGCUACGAGGUCUCCCCCACCCGUCCAAUAUAAAUACAGGGAUAGCACUUGCCAAGGCACACAACUUCUGCCCUUUUCCCACUUGAAACAGAUCUCUACCAGCGUUACAGGGAUCUAAUAUCCUCCGUCGCAAUGAAAGGUGUGAGGUCUAUUACAGUUUAUGCACUUGCUCUUUUACUUCUGGCAACGCUCGUCUCCCAUUCGUGGAGCGCACCGAAGGGCAGUUUCCAGCGGAGAAAUUGGUCGCCUCAGGCAAUGCUGUACCUCAAGGGCACCCAGGGACGGCGGUUCAUCAGCGAGGACAGAAAAGAAGGAGACGUAUAUGACACGUUACAUUUAGAGACUCGAAGUCAAAACACAGAGAGACUCAGUGGGAACCAGGCAGCCACAGUCCUGCUCAACUUCCUGCGGCAAGCCAAGGAGGACAGAGAAGAAAAUCUUGAACAACUGUACUUUCAAGACUUGCCGGCAUGGAAAAGAGAGUACUUCUGAUGCGUUUCAUAAUGCAUUUAUUAUUGUUGAUAACAUUCUAAUCUAUUGCAUCUGUUGAUCUCUUGUUGGAUGUCGAAUAUUUAAUGCGAUGUGAGAAAAACACUGGACUCUUAAGUACGGCUACACUGAAAAUGUUUGAAUGUAUUAUUUAAUAAAAUGUGGAAUAAAAUGAUUUAGAAUUCAUAGCAA